AUGGAGCAGGAUGAACAAGAAAUCGCUAAAAAACAAGCUGAACUUCGUCAAACAAGAGAGGCGGCUAUUUGUGAGUUUUGUGUAAAAAUGCCAUUUUUAAUCAUUUUUUUUCCAGUGGAAAUGCGAAGGAUAAUAGAAAAAUUCCAUAAAGAAAAUGAAGGGAAAGAACCGAUCACUGCUGAUUUACUAUCCAAUUCGCGACAAAUGAGAGCGGCGGCUUCUCGUAAGUUCUAAGUUAGAAAAAAAAUAAUUUCCUUAUAUUUUCAGAGGAGCUCCGGGAAAAAGUUGAGAAAUUUCGAGCAGAUCGAGAGAAAGAACUUGAACCCAUUAUUGAUGAAAUAAUUGAGCUGGAAGCUUUGAUAGAAGAAACGGAGAGCGAGGUAGAGCAAGUAAGAGAUGAUAUACUUGAGCUUCAGAACUCAGAAGCUUCUGAAGACGACCUCGAAUGGAUGGUUAGUGUUUUUUUGUGGAAAAUUGGUUAUGGAAAAGUUACGUUACAGAGAAACCAACGAGAACGUCUUAAAAGCGAGCUGAAUGCCUUGAGAAUCCGGAAAAGAGCGACGGAAGAAGAAUUGAGCGUAAAAAGGCUAGAGGUCGACGAACAAGUUCAAAAUCUGAGCAAAAGACUGGAGCGCGGUGAAAUCUUCUGA